GAAACCAACACUGGAGCCUCAUUAUGGAAAGCGUGGUCCCAUCUGACAAAGGAAAUUAUACCUGUGUGGUAGAAAAUGAAUAUGGGUCCAUCAAUCACACAUACCACCUGGAUGUCGUGGAGCGAUCACCACACCGGCCCAUCCUCCAAGCUGGACUGCCAGCAAAUGCCUCCACAGUGGUCGGAGGCGAUGUGGAGUUUGUCUGCAAAGUUUACAGCGAUGCCCAGCCACACAUCCAGUGGAUCAAGCAUGUGGAAAAGAACGGCAGUAAAUAUGGGCCUGAUGGGCUGCCCUACCUCAAGGUUCUCAAGGCCGCCGGUGUUAACACCACGGACAAAGAGAUUGAGGUUCUCUAUAUUCGGAAUGUAACUUUUGAGGAUGCUGGGGAAUAUACGUGCUUGGCGGGUAAUUCUAUUGGGAUAUCCUUUCACUCUGCAUGGUUGACAGUUCUGCCAGCUCCUGUGAGAGAGAAGGAGAUUACAGCUUCCCCAGACUACCUGGAAAUAGCCAUUUACUGCAUAGGGGUCUUCUUAAUUGCCUGUAUGGUGGUGACAGUCAUCUUGUGCAGAAUGAAGACCACGACCAAGAAGCCCGACUUCAGCAGCCAGCCGGCUGUGCACAAGUUGACCAAGCGCAUCCCCCUGCGGAGACAGGUAACAGUUUCUGCUGAGUCUAGCUCCUCCAUGAACUCCAACACCCCUCUGGUGAGGAUAACAACACGCCUCUCCUCAACAGCGGACACCCCUAUGCUGGCAGGGGUCUCCGAGUAUGAAUUGCCAGAGGACCCGAAAUGGGAAUUUCCAAGAGAUAAGCUGACGCUGGGCAAACCCCUGGGGGAAGGUUGCUUUGGGCAAGUGGUCAUGGCGGAAGCCGUGGGAAUCGACAAAGACAAACCCAAGGAGGCCGUUACCGUGGCCGUGAAGAUGUUGAAAGAUGAUGCCACAGAGAAAGACCUUUCUGACCUGGUAUCAGAGAUGGAGAUGAUGAAAAUGAUUGGAAAACACAAAAAUAUCAUAAAUCUUCUUGGAGCCUGUACACAGGAUGGGCCACUCUAUGUCAUCGUUGAGUAUGCCUCGAAAGGCAACCUCCGAGAAUACCUGCGAGCCCGGAGGCCUCCUGGGAUGGAGUACUCCUAUGACAUUAACCGUGUUCCCGAGGAGCAGAUGACCUUCAAGGACUUGGUGUCAUGCACCUACCAGCUGGCCAGAGGCAUGGAGUACUUGGCUUCCCAAAAAUGUAUUCAUCGAGAUUUAGCAGCCAGAAAUGUUUUGGUAACAGAAAACAAUGUGAUGAAAAUAGCAGACUUUGGACUGGCCAGAGAUAUCAACAAUAUAGACUAUUAUAAAAAGACCACAAAUGGGCGACUUCCAGUCAAGUGGAUGGCUCCAGAAGCCCUUUUUGACAGAGUUUACACUCAUCAGAGUGAUGUCUGGUCCUUUGGGGUGUUAAUGUGGGAGAUCUUCACUUUAGGGGGUUCACCCUACCCAGGGAUUCCUGUGGAGGAACUUUUUAAGCUGCUGAAGGAAGGACAUAGGAUGGAUAAGCCAGCAAACUGCACCAAUGAACUGUAUAUGAUGAUGAGGGACUGUUGGCAUGCAGUGCCCUCCCAGAGACCAACGUUUAAGCAGUUGGUAGAAGACUUGGAUCGAAUUCUCACUCUUACAACCAAUGAGGAAUACUUGGACCUCAGUCAGCCUCUCGAACAGUAUUCACCUAGUUACCCUGACACAAGGAGUUCUUGCUCUUCAGGAGAUGAUUCUGUUUUUUCUCCAGACCCCAUGCCUUACGAACCAUGCCUCCCUCAGUAUCCACACAUAAACGGCAGUGUUAAAACAUGAAUGACCGUGUCCGCAUGUCCCCAAACAGGACAGCACCGGGAGCCUACCUACACUGAGCAGGGAGGCAAUGCCUUCUCUCUAGUGCUUGUUGUCUCCGCUUGUAUAUACGGAUCAGAGGAGUAAAUAAUUGGAAAAGUAAUCGGUGCACGUGUAAAGAUUUAUACAGUUGAAAACUUGUAAUCUUCACCAGGAGGAGAAGAAUGUUUCUGGGGCCAUGGACUGCCACAAGCCACCAUGUGACUCACCCCUCUCACCUGCCGCGGGUACUGGCUGUGGACAGUUGGACUCAAGGCAGACACGUGUUCUGCCUUCCUUGUUAAUUUUGUAAUAAUGGGAGAAAAUAUAUGUCAGCACACACUUACAGAGCACAAAUGCAGUAUAUAGGUGCUGGAUGUAUGUAAAUAUAUUCAAAUUAUGUAUAAAUAUAUAUUAUAUAUUUACAAGGAAUUAUUUUUUGUAUUGAUUUUAAAUGGAUGUCCCAAUGCACCUAGAAAAUUGGUCUCUCUUUUUUUAAUAGCUAUUUGCUAAAUGCUGUUCUUACACAGAAUUUCUUAAUUUUCACCAAGCAGAGGUGGAAAAAUACUUUUGCUUUCAGGGAAAAUGGUAUAACAUUAAUUUAUUAAUGAAUUGGUAAUAUACAAAACAAUUAAUCAUUUAUAGGUUUUUUUUGUAAUUUAAGUGACAUUUCUAUGCAGACAGCACAGACUAGUUAAUCUAUUGCUUGGACUUAACUAGUUAUCAGAUCCUUGGAAAAGAGAAAUAUUUACAAUAUAUGACUAAUUUGGGGAAAAUGAAGUUUUGAUUUAUUUGUGUUUAAACUCUUCUGUCAUAUGAUUGUUCUUAAACCUCCUAAAUGCUCAUAUUAAAAGAACCCAUUAACAGGAAGGUGUUUCGUUUUGGUGUGCAGCCCUGUCAUUAGGUCAAUGAAACAUUUAACUGGACUUUCCCAAGACAAAUGGUACCAGCGUCCUCUUAAAAGAUGCCUUAAUCUAUUCCCCGAGGAUGAACCUUAGUUGAGAUAAUAGCAGAAUGCACUUGUCUCUGGCAGCUGGCCUUCUGCCUCUGAGUUGCACAUUAAUCAGAUUAGCCUGUAUUAUUUUCAGUGAAUUUUGAUAAUGGCUUCCAGAUUCUUGGCAUUAGAGAAGCCUUUUAGGAUCUUCAGGUCCCAUCAUCGAAAAUUGAAACACAGAGUUGUUCUGCUGUUAGUUUUGGGGAGAUGUCCAUCUUUUUAAGGGUUUGCUUCCAUUCAAUUCUGGCAGCACCUUACCAAAAGGUCCGGCCUAAUUACCUACUUCAGAAGAAGUAUCGUCAUAUUCAUUCUGUAUUAAAGUAUUGUGUUUGGCUUUUGAAACACCCACUCACUUUGCUAUAGUCAUGCAACAUGAAUGCAGAUUACACUGAUUUUACGUGUUAUGAAAUUGGAGAAAGUAUUUAAUAAAACCUGUUAAUUUUUAUACUGACAAUAAAAAUGUUUCUACAGAUAUUAAUGUUAACAAGACAAAAUAAAUGUCACGCAACUUAUUUUUUUAA